CUUCCGUACACAUCCCAUGUGACCACACAGAAGGUCAGACAUGGCGACCUGCGUUAAACAGGCGGAUAAAUUCAUGGUUUCCGUCAGGUUAUUACGAAAGCUGCAGCUUCAGAAUGAACGAUUUGUGUCCACGUCUGUGUGUCGUUUUGAUGAGCAGCCACACAAAUUCGUCCCUCCGACUAAACCUGUCAUCAUAGAUAAAACUCGGCCUGAGGGAUCCCUGAGAAAGUUCCUGAGCCCAGAGUUCAUCCCUCCCAGGCAGAGAACAGACCCUUUUAAGUUUUUCCUUGAGAGGAAAGACAUGAUUCGCAGGAGGAAAGUUCUUGAUAUUCCUGAAUUCUAUGUAGGGAGUAUUCUCGCGGUGACCAUGGCUGACGUGAACGCCAACGGGAAAGUUAACCGCUUUGUUGGCAUCUGCGUCCAGAGGGGCGGAAAGGGGCUCGGAGCCACGUUUGUCUUGAGGAACAUCAUUGAUAAUCAAGGAGUGGAGAUCUGCUAUCAGAUGUAUAAUCCUCGGAUCCAGAAGAUUGAAGUGUUAAAGCUGGAGAAGAGGUUGGACGACAAUCUGAUGUACCUGAGAGACGCCCUCCCUGAGUACAGUACUGUGGACCCUGACAUGAAGCCCGUCUCCUCCUCUCUUACUGAAGACGUGCCAGUCAACAAGCUCAGAGUAAAGAUGCGGCCAAAACCGUGGUCCAAACGUUGGGAGCGACCCAUCUUCAACAUUAAGGGCAUCGACUUUGAGCAAUGUUUGACCCCGGAGAAGAUGGAGCAUGCCCAAAAGUGGGCACAGCCUUGGCGGGAGUACGACAUGCUCAGGGAGUACGACACCUCCAAACUGGAGAAGGAGAUCUCGCUCGAGGUUGAGCAGGAGAUGAAGCAGUGAACACAGGAGGCCCAAACUCGAAAUGUUUUUCAGUUUAACCAUCAACCUCAACAUUUCCAGGAGCAGAAAUUGAGUUGUGAGGUGUGGUUGGAAUGAACAUGGAACAAAAAGUGGAUGUUGGAUACAUUUCCAGUUCUUGUUCUUCUUUACUGUCCUGAGGAACAGGAUUAAGAAGUCAUUUGCUGUUAUUGUCCACAGGAGCAAUGUUUAGCAUCACGGAUCUGAGAAGUUGUUUCAAUAAUAAAAAAUGGUUUAAAAGUCUGUUGUGUUGGUGUUACUUAUUAUCAUGCUGCCAUGCCCAAUCCUGACAGUAGGUGGCAGUAUUUCUCUAAGCUUCAGCCUUAUAUAGCUGCAGUUACCUAAUUGUUGUCCCAUGGUAGGUUGUGAGAGAAAUUCCUGCCAAGCAAAUUAAACUAUUUUAGUAAAACAAAAAAUUCUGACAAAAGAUUACCUCGAAAUAUUUACAGUGUCAAACCUAAAAAGUGACUUUUUAGGUUUUAUUGGCCCUUUUGCCCAACUGUUCUGUGCGGGGAAAAAAAAACACUGGUAUUCAUGGGCUCUAAGGCCAAGGACACCCGGUAGUGUUUUACUGUUGUGGAUGGAAAAUUGUGGCGUUGAGAUGGUAUGUUACAGCGUCAGCUGGGUUGUAUAAAAAACACUUGGACUCCUUAUGUUAUGUCUGCUCUCUGUGAAUGUGUGUAUAAACACGCCGAAUGAG